AGCCCAGGCUUUCCUGCUAGACAAGAAACCUUUCUGGAGCUGCUUUAAAAGAACAAAAACUUCCCAAGGACCCCUUUUCUUCUCUAUCUGCCUAAAAUAAUUUCUUAAUAACUCCUAUAACAUCAUAAUUUCCUUAGGUAUAAUUUUGCAAAGGCGGUUUCAAAAGCUCCUUGGGGUCCUCAGUAAUUUUUAAGAGCGUAAAAGGAUUUUAACAACAAAAAGUUUGCGAACCACUGUCCUUGAGAAGCUCUCCGUGGAUGCGCAUGAGUCUGUCCAAUUGGAGUCCUGGUCUAUUUCUACAUUAGAUACCACACAGCAGUGAACACACAAUGAACAGGUCAAAACGUGUCAUUAUAGAACUGCGCAAAAGAGCUAGUAGCAGGCGUUCUUACGUUGUAAGUGUAUUUAUAUAAUGUUUACAACCAUGGAAAACAACACUAUAUUUUGCUUAUGGGUACCUGUGGUAAACACAACCCCAAAUAUUGCAGCCGAGGGGGACCUACAGGGUCAAAGUGCGCCUCAGCAUUUUCUCUCGCCCUGCACAAGUCGCAUUCCGCCCAGAGAACUACGCUUCCCGGCAGGCUGCGCGCCGCGCGGUGACGCACUUCACCCAGUCCUGCUUCUUUCUUCUGGCGCCGCCAGUGGCCCGCGGUGCGCAUUCUAACCCGUUUCACACACGGUGCUGCUACCUCGUUUGCUCCGUGCGUGCGUGCGCAGAUGUGGGCCCCGCGGGAGCAGCUCCUGGGCUGGGCUACAGAAGCUCUGCCUGCCAAGGAUUCUGCCUGGUCCUGGAAAGAGAAGCCUAGAUAUCUGGGACCAGUGACUUUCGGAGAGUGGAAGAGACUGAGCCUUGAGCAGAGGAACCUAUACAAAGAAGUGAUGCUGGAAAGUCUCAGGAAUCUGGUCUUGUUGGAAUCAAAGCCAGAAGUCCAUACCUGCCCUUCUUGCCCUCUGGCCUUUAGCAGUCAGCAGUUCCUCAGCCAAGAUGAGCUACACAAUCAUCCUAUUCCAGGUUUCCAUGCAGGAAAUCAACUCCACCCAGGAAAUCCCUGCCCAGAGGAUCAGCCACAGUCACAACGUCCUUCUGAUAAAAAUCACAGGGGGGCUGAAGCAGAAGAUCAACGAGUGGAAGGAGGCGUCAGACCCUUGUUUUGGAGUACAAAUGAGAGGGGGGCUUUAGUGGGUUUCUCUAGCCUGUUCCAUAGAUCACCAAUAAGCUCUUGGGGAGGCAACAGGAUAUUUGAGAUACAGUUCAGUCCAGCCCAGAAUGCAAGCUCUGAGGAAGUAGACAGAAUUUCCAAGAGGGCAGAAACUCCAGAGUUUGGAGCAGUCAGGUUUGGAGAGUGUGCACUAGCUUUUAACCAGAAGUCAAACCUGUUCAGACAGAAGGCAGUCACAGCAGAAAAAUCUUCAGACAAAAGGCAGUCACAGGUGUGCAGGGAGUGUGGGCGAGGCUUUAGCAGGAAGUCACAGCUCAUCAUACAGCAGAGGACACACACAGGAGAAAAGCCUUAUGUCUGCGAAGAGUGUGGGCGAGGCUUUAUAGUUGAGUCAGUCCUCCGCAACCACCUGAGUGCACACUCCGGGGAGAAACCUUAUGUGUGCAGCCAUUGUGGGCGAGGCUUUAGCUGCAAGCCAUACCUCAUCAGACAUCAGAGGACACACACAAGGGAGAAGUCAUUUAUGUGCACAGUGUGUGGGCGAGGCUUUCGUGAAAAGUCAGAGCUCAUUAAGCACCAGAUAAUUCACACAGGGGAAAAGCCUUAUGUCUGCGGAGAGCGUGGGCAAGGCUUUAUAGCUCAGUCAGCCCUCCGCUACCACCGGAGUACACACUCCAGGGAGAAACCUUAUGUGUGCAGCCAGUGUGGGCGAGGCUUUCGUGAUAAAUCAACUCUCCUCGCACACGAGCAGACACAUUCAGGGGAGAAGCCUUAUGUGUGUGGACAAUGUGGGCAGGGAUUUGGCCGGAAGAUACUCCUCAACAGACACUGGAGGACACACACAGGAGAGAAGCCUUACGCGUGCAUCGAGUGUGGGCAAAACUUUAGCCACAAGUCCACUCUCAGCUUACAUCAGAGGAUACACUCGGGGGAGAAGCCUUAUGCAUGCACGGAGUGCGGGCGAGGCUUUAGGAGGAAGUCACAGCUCAUCACACACCAGAAGACACACUCAGGGAAAAGCUUUAGAGGUGCAAGGAGUGAGGAUGUGAUUUUAGCAACAAGUCAGCCAUCAGCCACACUAGCGGAAAUGCUUAGGGAGAAGCCUUGUUUGUAAGGUAAUGUGGACAGAGCUGUACGUGGAUGUCAUUACUUGUCAGAUGUCAGAGGACACACUCGGGAGAAGCCUUCAUGGAGUGAGAGUAAGGUGUUGGCUGGAAGUGGCCCCUUAAGAGAUACUUGGAGUCAAAUCUAUCCACUGUACACCCACCCCACUCUUGUUCUAAGAGCUUCGGGGACAGUCUUCUGACCCCUUACAUUCCUUUAGAUGUGAAGAUGGCAGAGAUCUAACUUCUGAGAGCAGAGGUGUCAAGUGACGGUCCCCUUGGAGGAAUGGUCUUUGCAUCUGACUACUUCCUCCUGCAACUGUGUUCUUCCAUUGGCUUCCAUGACACUCUCCUGCUUUAUUUUUUUCUACAUCUCUAGCCUUUGCUGUAUCCUCUCCCACCCCACCUUUAGAUUUUACUCAGAGUUCAGUCUCCAGCCCUACAAUCUGAGGGACUCCUUUACCAGGUCCCCUUCCUAACCCUCCAGUCCCAAAUCCCAGAUUCUUUAACCACACUCUAAAAGUUCUUCAGACUCAGGACUUAAACAUAGCCAUUUCACCUUGGCCUUCAGUGACAGGGAUCUAGCAAUGCCGCAUCAGGUUUAAGGGUUUUUUAAACACAGCUCCUCUUAAAUCCUCCAAUCUCAGUACCCAGUGUUUUAGCCAUGCUCGGGUGGCUAAAUUAUGUCCAGGAAUGGUGCUAGGGCCUUUAGCCAUUUAUCUCUCCUCACACUCCCAGGGCCCAUAUGGCCCAGGUUCUGACAGUUUGCCUUACUCCCUUGGCCUGGGGCUAGCCCUACCUGAUACCCUGUGUCAAUGAGCAUACCUUGAAGAGCUAUCCACUAAGGCCCCAGUGCCUUUAUUUGCUAAGAGACUGCCACAGAAAAGAAGGGGAGAGAUGUUCAUGUAACCUCAAAAUACUUAGGCUUGGUUUUGAUGCUGGAGAGGAAGAAGGACUUGGAGAGAGAGAAGGAAUGGCUGGUCCAGAGGCUUUUGUCCACUCCCUCUCACUGGAAGUGGUUGAUCUCCAGGGAAUCCCCAAGGUUAGCCUCGUUAGGGGAAGGGCUAGGGGUACCUGGAAUGUAGGAUCUCCCCCCUGCCUGGCCUACCACCUUAAUGUGUCUGGAAUCGGUGGGUUCUUGGUCUUGCUGACUUCAAGAAUGAAGCCAUGGACCCUUGUGGUGAGUGUUACAAUUCUUAAAGAUGGUGUGUCUGGAGUUUGUUCCUUCUGAUGUU